AGUGAAAAUCAGGUAACGAGUUCUGUAGCUGUAGUUCUCAAUUUUGAAGUAGAGAAGUAUAUAAUAACAUCCAAAUUUCCCGCCGAUUGCGUUUUGAUGGUUUAUGAUCGAUCCAUAAAUAUCGAUUGUUAAAAUCAGCUGUUUCUGGUUGUUAACAAAUGAUUUGAAGUUUUUCACUACGAACGGUGCCUCGUGUCUGUUUCCAGAUUAAAACCAGCAUUUAUACACAUUACUCUCUCUUGACCAGUUUCCAACUUGAUAUGACAAAACAAAAACCCUAUAAGCUCGUCAGCCAAGAUGGACGAACUAAAAAAGGGAUAACAGCAGGUAGUCUCGAUGAACUGACUGGUAGAGCUAGACAACUUUUCAGCUUUGGCUCUGAAGUUCCUAUAACAGUCUUUGAGGAAGAUGGCACCGAAAUCACUAGCAAUGAAUAUCUGCUAUUUCUUGAAAAAUUUACAGUGCUAGUGAUAGUUCCAGAGAUAGGAACUUGUUCACGAUUAAGAAAUGCAACUAAUAACAAUCCAGAAUCGAUAAAUAAGUCAUUCACCAAUGAGCACAAACUACCAGGUAGUGAAGAUCAACAUGAUAUCCAUGAAGAGCUGACAAUGAGUGAAGAUGUACCUUCUUCUACUGAACAUGAGCAAGAAAAAGUUCAAUUUGUGGAAGUUCAAAGAUCAAUCGCCUUGAUGAGUGAAGUUGAUUAUUGCGUCAGUCGAUUCCACCCGACGCUACCGGUUCUUGUGUGCGGAUUUAAUCGAGUUUUCCUACUAAAUGCUGAAGACGUGUCUGUCCCGUUUUCCGAAUGGACAGAGAAAGAAAUUUCGUUUGAUGGGCAGGGACUGAAAAUAAUAACAACUUUAGAGUGGAAUUUCGACGGAAGUCAAUUGGCCGCUGGCUGUAAAGAUAAUACGGUCAUCGUAUGGAGCAGUUUUCCAACCGGUGACGUUCUCCUAAACACGAAUUGCGACUUCAAAUGGGUCUAUCGUAUCGCCUGGAACCCCGUUAAGCCAAAUAUUUUUGCUACUCUCGAUAAAGGUUCGAAAAAAGUCUUGUUUUGGAACUCAACCACUCACGACGGAAAAUCGAACGUGUUUUACACGAUCGAACAUGAGAAGAGGAUCUCACAAGUGGAGUGGACAUCUAAAAAUCAAAUUGCUAUCGGGUUCAUGAAUGGCCUCUUAGAAAUUUGGGAAAUCGACGAAAAUGAAUCCAAGUUCCAAGUGUUGCAGAUAAUUAAACGGAUUACGGGUGCAAUAAAAGGACUCGAAUGGAGUAAUGUUACAAAGUAUUUAGCGUCUUCCUCAAGUGGGAAAGAAGGAUGGAUUACGAUUUGGUCAUUGAGCAGCAGCAAAAGCAACACGUCAAAAAUACCUGAUUAUUUCCAGAAAUUUGAACACGGUUUUUCUAGUUUGGCUUGGCUUCCGGCUAGGAAUACGGUCAAUGGCGGAAUCAACUCGGCAAGGGAAAUGCCAGAGAACUUCGCUAUUGCUUGUGGAUGUACAGAUGGAUCGAUCUGGAUUUGGAAUCCUUUGGAAAGGGACAAAACGAAAAUUCUCCGUGGGCCUUCGCGUUCAGUAACCUGUCUCUCAUUUUCACCCGAUGGGAGGUACCUCGCCUCAGCAAGUCGAUAUAAUAUUACCAUCUGGUUGAGUGAAACUUGGAAACCCGUAUUCUCCACCACACCGAAAUUAAUUGCUUCACCUCAUCAUGAUUGUAAAAUUUCUUUGUCGUGGAUGUGCAUUAACGGGUCGUCCGCAGAGUCCUCCGAGAAUUCCACUUAUAAAUUGACUUUUUCCUCGCGAAACGAUAAGAUCGUUGUUUGGGAAGUUGCAGCGGAGGUGGCCGAGGUGGGUGACAGUUGCUGAAAACUGUUGUUACUGUUAUACGUAAUAAUGCAAAAAAGUUAAAGUCCGAGUGCUUUUUCAGCAUUUCUGUUUCUUUCCAUCUUCGGUGAAAACUAAUUCCUUUUUGUGAAAAACAAGAAAAACUUCUUUGAUCAGCAGUUGUGGGGUCCAAUUAUCGUCCGGUAACAAAACCAACAUCAACGAUUGGAAACGUUCGUGAAAAAUGUCUCCCGUCUCGUCUUGCGUUUUAGGAAAUUAACAAUUUUCUUAAUACUUUUGAUCUCACGAAUUCGUUUUCAAUAAAAUAUCCAGAAUAAC